GUACCGAACCAAGAUUUCGCACGAGAUCGAGACAUCAUCGUCAGCGGGAUGAGCGUGACGUCAGAAGCCGGUCUAGAUCAGAACGUCGUUCGAGACCACGACGCCACUGCUCAAGAACGCGACCAAAUGAUAAGAAUGUGAGUAAUUCUGGUUCAAAUAGUGAUAAGACUCAGAUGUUGCUGAUUGAAUUAAUAAAAUCAAUGGCUAAUAACCGCUCAGAGGGAAACAAAUUCCCUAUGCUAGGUAAUGUAGUACCAGAAUUUAAUCCUAUGACAAAAGGUCAAACUAUUAACACUUGGAUUAGUAAAGUCGAGGAGUGUGCACAUUUAUAUAAGUGGGGCGAGGAUCAAAUAAUCCAUUAUGCGCUACCCAAGCUAAGUGGUGUAGCUAAAACUUGGUAUGAAACCCUCCCGUCUAUGUCGUUUUCAUGGCCCGAAUGGAAAGUUAAAUUAACGGAAUCAUUUCCAUCAAGUGACGAUUACGCAGAAUUGCUCACAGAAAUUUUAGGUAAAAAGGCAAAAUACAACGAUUCAUUGGAAUUGUAUUAUUAUGAAAAAAUCAACUUACUAAAUCGAUGCGAGAUUAACGGUAAACGCGCUGUUGACUGUAUUUUAUAUGGAAUAGAAGAUCGUAGUUUAAGGUUGGGAGCUAAGGCUACUAAAUGUGAAGAACCGGAACAGAUAUUAAAAUAUUUCCAGUCUAUUAAACAGCAAUCGCGAGAAUCUGAUAAUAGAAUUAAAAGCAAUCUUGAUAAAAGAGUGGGGUUAAAUGGUAACGGGCAAAAUAAUCCUACAACUACUUCGAGGGUAGUCAAGACGAAUGAUAGUCUGAAGCCUAUUGUUUGUUUCAAUUGUAACGAAUCCGGUCAUUAUAGCUACAGGUGUGAUAAGAAAAUUUUGAAAUGUAACAUUUGCAAGAAAAUCGGUCAUUUAGCGGGAAACUGCCCAAAACUACUCAAUAAUGACAAAUCCAGAUUAGACGUAGAUAAAGAAAAGACCGUUAUGAAAUUAGAUUCUUUUGAUACAAGUAAUGACAAAUAUCUUAUUGACUUGAAGCUGAAUGACCAACCCAUUCAUGGAUAUGUAGACUUAGGAAGUCAGUGUACGCUGCUACGUCGUAGUGAAGCAGAAAGGUUAGGUAUUCAGUGGUCGAUAGGGCGGCUACCUACAAUGCGGGGUAUAGGAAAUAACAUUGUAUUACCAUUGGGCAGAGCUACAGUUAAGGUUGAAAUCCAGAACAUAAUCGAGUCAGUUGACGUCUAUAUAGUUGAUGAUAGUGUAAUUAAGUAUUCUGUACUGAUCGGUCAUAGCUUUACCGAAAACCGGGAAUUACUAUAA